UCAGCAGCCGGCACACUGAUGAUUCUUCCUUCGUCCCGGAGCCUGCAGCAGCCGGACAGCCGCCCUCCUCCGCGUCCCCCCGGCUGCAUCUCUGUGUCGGCGGCUGGCCGUCGGGUCCCCGGGCCCCAGCAGUCUGUCUCCCCGCCGGUUCAGCAUCUGGAGGGUGGACUGUUGUAAAUACUGCCUGAGUAUGAAAUACAUGAAAUAAACAGAUAACUCCUCAUGUAAAGUAGUUUUGAAGCGGGUUUGGCUGCUGUUUUAGCCGCUGUCUCUGGUUUCAUCCUCCGCCUUUGUCCUCAUGUUUUCCCCCGGAGUUCCUCCCCCUGCGGCGCUGGGCGGAGUUUCAUACCGGACUAGACGCUCCUUUUGUCGGAUUCGUUUCGACCUGACUCCCCGGGGUUUACGGCUGAAAAAAACACACUUUGAAAGUCCCGAAAUAAUCCAAACGACCACAGUGGUGUGCAGUAAUAACCCGGGUUUCUGUCUGAACCUGAAGAGCAGGGAGGGGGCGGAGUCUCCUUCAGUCGCUGCAGGAUGAACGGCAGCAGCAGCGUCUCCAGAGCUCAGAGCGCCAGGAUCAAAAGUGAGCCAGAUGAGUGGAGUAAGGAGGACUGCCUGACUCUGCUGGAGCGGAUUCGCAGUCUGCUGCCGGACGGAGACGGCAUGAAGUAUAAAACCACAGAGUCGCACUUUGACUGGGAGAAAGUUUGUUUCGGCAGCUUCACCGGAGACAUGUGCCGGCAGAAAUGGCAGAAAGUGUCCUCUGAGGUUCGUAAGUACAGAACGAUGACCGAGCUCAUUGUAGACGCCACAGAGUUUGUGAAGAAUCCGUACAAAGGCAAGAAACUGAAGACUCAUCCAGAUUUCCCCAAGAAACCUCUGACUCCGUACUUCCGCUUCUUCAUGGAAAAACGAGCCAAAUACGCCAAAAUCCACCCGGAGAUGAGCAACCUGGACCUGACCAAGAUCCUGUCCAAGAAGUACAAGGAGCUGCCUGACAAAAAGAAGCAAAAGUACAUCACCGAGUUCCAGCGAGAGAAAGAAGAGUUUGAGAAGAACAUGGCGAGAUUCAAGGAGGAUCAUCCUGAGCUGAUAGAAGAGAGGAAGAAGUCCGACCUUCCAGAGAAACCUAAAACUCCUCAGCAGCUGUGGUACAACCACGAGAAGAAGGCGUACAUGAAGCUUCACCCCGAGGUGAGUCAGAAGGAGCUGAAGGAGGCUCUGAGGAGACAGUGGUCCCAGCUGUCUGACAAGAGGAGACUGAAGUGGAUCAGCAAGGCCCUGGAGCUCCAGAAGGACUACGAGGGCAGUAUGAGAGCGUACCAUGAAGCUCAUCCCGAUGUGAACUCUGACGAUCACGUUCGGUCUGUCCUCACCAAAGCAGAGAGACAGCUGAAGGACAAGUUCGACGGACGGCCGACAAAACCGCCACCUAACGGGUACUCUCUGUACUGUGCGGAGCUGAUGGUGAACAUGAAGGACGUCCCCAGCACCGAGCGCAUGGUGCUGUGCAGUAAACAGUGGAAGAUGAUGACGCAGAAAGAGAAGGACAUGUUUCAGAAACGCUGCGAGCAGAGGAAGAAGCAGUACGACGUCGACCUGCAGAGGUUCCUGGAGAGUCUCCCCGAGGAGGAACGAGACCGAGUCAUGACCGAAGAAAAACUGGGCGGGUCCAGACUGGGAGGAGGCGUGGCCUCCAGCCCACACAGAGCCAAGUCUCCAUCUGCCAAGGAGCGCGGUCGGGAGGCGGAGCCAGAGCCGUGGGUUCCUGCCACACUGCCAAAAGAGAGACGGGACGGGAAGAAGACGGCGAAGCUCCCAGAGACGCCGAAAACAGCCGAGGAGAUGUGGCAACACAGCGUGAUCGGAGACUACCUGGCUAAAUACAGAAGCGACCGCAGGAAGGCUCAGGCAGGGAUGGAGGCGGCCUGGAAGUCGAUGGAGAAGAAGGAGAAGAUUCCUUGGAUUAAGAAGGCGGCGGAGGACCAGAAGCGUUACGAGGUUCAGUACCAACCUGUGAGGGAGCUGCUGGAGAUGAGGACUCCACCAGCAGGUCAGAGUCAGAGGAAACCGAAGUUUGACGGAGAACCAAAGAAACCUCCAGUGAGCGGCUAUCAGAUGUUCUCCCAGGAGCUGCUGACCAACGGCGAGCUGAACCACUUCAGCCUGAAGGAGCGGAUGGUGGAGAUCGGGAAGCGGUGGCACAAACUGAGCCAGACUCAGAAAGACAAGUACAAGAAGAUGGUGGAGGAGCAGCAGGGGGAGUACAAGGCCGAGCUGGAGGCCUGGGUCAAGUCUUUGUCUCCUCAGGAUCGAGCGGUCUAUAAGGAGUUCUCCACCUCAAAACGUCGCAGCACCACUAAAGUUCGCAGCAGUCCCGGAGCCAAAGUCCGAGUUACAGCGAAGGGGAAGGCGGCGAGUUCGAGGGCCGCAGCACAGACAGUCGGAGUGGCCAAGCGGGCGAUGGCGUACCGAGCCAAGGACAUGUCCGACUCAGACGAGGAGGAGGAGAAGAGCGACUCAUCUGACUCUGACGAAGACGAUGAGACAUCAGGAUCCACAGACAGCGACGAUGACGAUGACGAGAAUGACGAAGACGACGAGGACGAUGAUGACGAUGAAGAUCAGAGCUCCUCUGAGGAGUCCAGUGACUCGGACUCGGACUAGCUCCGCCCCCUCCACCUCAUUGGAGAGGACAGGCUGUGCAGGCCACGCCUCCUCGCAUGCCAAUCAUCCCGGCGGACCAAUGAGAAGUGGUGAUGUCAUUCUGCGGUCACGCUGGCCCCUCCCACCUCCCCUCUGAAAGGGGGCGGAGCCUGAUGGAGUGUUUUGUUACUCGUGUGUUUAUUUCUGUUUUUUAUGGAGUGUUUGGUUUUUAUCUGAGGGACGUUUCAGAUGGGUGGAGAGGUCUGUUUUAUUUUUCGGAGGGAUGACAGGGGUUGUACAGAGUUUGACAGGCGGGGAGGGGCGGAGACUAUUGGUUGUCGUUAGUUACGGCUGAGGGAGGAGCCAGUGUUCAGCCUCCAAUCAGCCGCCUGCCUGAGAAAAUUAACAAAUAAAUGCACUUUUUCUCA